AUUUGAUGAAUCAAAAGCAAAGUAUCUCCCAUGUUAUUUCUAGUCAAAGUAGUAGUCAACAAAAAAUCUAUAGGACAAGGUUAACUGCGGUGCUAGACUGUACUAGAUUUCUCUUGAUGCAAGGAUUGUCAUCUCGUGGUCAUGAUGAAUCGAAAGAGUCUCUUAAUAAAGGAAAUCUGAUUAAGCUACUAAAUUGGUAUGCAACUUGUCGUAAGAAAAUUAAUGAAGUACUAUUUAGUAAUGCUCCUGGAAAUGACCAAAUGACUUCACCAAACAUCCAUAAGGAUUUGGUUAAUUGUUGUGCUGUUGAGACGAUAAGGUCUAUGAUCAAUGAGAUGGGCGAUUCCUUGUUUUCAAUUUUGGUUGAUGAGUCGCGUGAUAAUUCUGUAAAAGAACAAAUGGCAGUUGUUUUGAGAUUUGUUGACAAAAGUGGACAAGUGAAGGAGCCUUUAUUGGGUAUUUGCCACAUCGCUGAUACUUGUGCCCAAUCACUCAAGGAUGCCAUUGAUGCAAUGUUUUCUACACAUGGGUUGAGCAUAUCUAGUCUGAGAGGUCAAGGUUAUGAUGGAGCAAGCAAUAUGUCAGCAACUGCAAGUGUUGAAAGGGUAUUCUCUGCUAUGAAUCUAAUCAAGAAUGAUCUGCGCAACAAAAUGGGAGAUGAAAUGUUGAAUGACAAUUUGGUAGUUUACAUGGAGAGAGAUCUUUUUAUGAAACUUGAGAAUGAGACAAUAUUGCAACGUUUUCAAAAUAUGCGACCUCGUAGAAUUCAGUUAUCUAAACUUGCAAUUUCAGAGUAAG